UAGCUGAGGGCCAACACGUAGGCAGGCGGCAUCCCUUUUCUCUGGGGAGCGGCUGAGGCCCUCCCCUUACACACUUCCCAUCUCUCCGCGCGCGCCCCCGCCUUCCCGGUGAGCCUGUUUGGCGGGAAGUUGGCUUAGUUGGCUUACCUGUGGCUCAGCGGGCUCCCUGGUCCCUCCCUUAUUUCUCCCCAGAAGCUUCUCAAUCUUCCCCUGGUGAUCUCGGCAUAGGGCAUAGUACCCCUUCGCACGGAGGACGCGAUGGCUCCCAGGAAACGCCCAGAAACCCAGAAGACCCCUGAGGUGGUUUUACGCCCCAAGAGCAAGAGGAACAGAAGCCCCCGGGAGCUGGAGGCCGAGGCCAAGAAGCUCUGUUUGAAGGGCCCCGGUUCCAGCAGAAGAUCUGACUCAGGCUGCCUUUGGGCGGGGUUGGCUAGCCUGCGGGUCCCCGCACCAUGCAGCAGCAUCAUCAGGGCUCUCCAUCAUUAUAAGCUGGGCAGAGCCUCCUGGCCAUCACUACAGCAGGGUCUCCAGCAGUCCUUUUUGCACACUCUGGCUUCUUACCGGAUAUUCCAAAAGGCUGCCCCUUUUGACAGGAGGGCCACAUCCCUGGCAUGGCACCCAACUCACCCCAGGAUCCUGGCUGUGGGCUCCAAAGGGGGAGAUAUCUUGCUCUGGAACUUUGGCAUAAAGGACAAACCCACCUUCAUUAAAGGGAUUGGAGCUGGAGGGAGCAUCACUGGGCUGAAGUUUAACCCUCUCAAUGCCAACCAGUUUUUCACCUCCUCAAUGGAGGGAACAACUAGGCUGCAAGACUUUAAAGGCAACACUCUCCGAGUUUUUGCCAGCUCAGGCACCUGCAACAUCUGGUUUUGCAGCCUGGAUGUGUCGGUCAGAAGCCGAGUGGUGGUCACAGGAGACAAUGUGGGGCAUGUGAUCCUGCUGAACUUGGACGGCAAGGAGCUUUGGAAUCUGAGAAUGCACAAAAAGAAAGUGACCCAUGUGGCCUUGAACCCAUGCUGUGAUUGGUUCCUGGCCACAGCCUCCGUAGAUCAAACAGUGAAAAUCUGGGACCUGCGCCAGGUUAGAGGGAAAUCCAGCUUCCUCUACUCGCUGCCGCACAGGCAUCCUGUCAACGCAGCUCUUUUCAGUCCCGACGGAGCCCAGCUGCUGACCACUGACCAGAAGAGCGAGAUCCGGGUUUACUCUGCCUCCCAGUGGGACUGUCCCCCAAGUCUGAUCCCACACCCUCACCGCCACUUCCAGCACCUGACACCCAUCAAGGCAACCUGGCAUCCUCGGUACAACCUCAUUGUCGUGGGCCGAUACCCAGAUCCUAAUUUCAAAAGUUGUACCCCUCACGAAUUAAGAACAAUCGAUGUGUUUGAUGGAAGCUCAGGAAAGAUGAUGUAUCAGCUGUAUGACCCAGAAUCCUCUGGUAUCAUGUCGCUCAAUGAGUUCAAUCUCAUGGGGGACACGCUGGCCUCUGUGAUGGGUGAGUGCGUCUCAGGCUGGUCAAGCCCACCCUACUCCCCAAGGUUCAGUGCAGGUUAACCUCAGCCCAGCCCCACUGCCUUCACCCCAGGGUUGUAGACAGCAAAGAAGAUAACCAGGAGACAGUGGUCUCUUUGGCCUAGGCCCUCCAUCCCUCUUGCUUUGCCUUGGUCACAGCAAUGCUCGGCUGCUGUCUAGUUUCCUGGUAUCUCCCUACCAAGUCUUAGGUUCCUCGGGCCAGCCCCAAGUUCUCGGAGGGUGAUAAUGGAAGGUGCAAGUCAGAUUGGUUUCACUCCUCCUAGGUUAUCACAUUCUCAUUUGGAGCCAGGAGGAAGCUGGGAUGCGGAAAUGAGAGACAUUUAUGGAGGUGGGGGCCAAGCAAGGGCUUGGAGCCAUAUGAGAACAAGUUCUUCAAGAAGAGGCGGCUUUGUGUUGAAGGGCCAAAGGUAUCCAAGUGUUAGGGCUGAAGCAGGGGCACUGGGACUGGGACACUGGCAUGUACUGCUCUGGACUUAGCUCCAGAAACUUCUCCAGAGUUGGCGACCCAGCUGCCCUGAGGGUCCCUGCUGUAUCUAGCCUGGAGCCAAGCUUCUCUUUUUCUUCUCUGACACGCAGUGCCAGAGGGUCAGGUAGUAGUUUUUGAUGUGUGCUCACUAUUCACAUGGCCAAUAAAACCAUACCCAACUGA